AAAUUCCUUUGGCAGCAAAACGAUACCUGCUACAGUGGGACAGUGACAUCGCAUACCGGAAGGGAUCAACGAAGAUCUGGGUUACCAAUUACCCUCCUUUGUGCCAGUUACUACUCGAAGAAUACCACGAUGUCCUAUACCUGGGACACUUCGGUUGCAAUAAGACGCUAACCGGUACUACAAAGCGCGACUACUUGGCCCACAUGGCAGCCGACGUCCAGCAAUUCGUCACCUCGUGUGCUACAUGUCAGCAGAUGAAGAGCAGCAAGCAGAAAAUGCAGGACUGCUACAGCCUCUUCCUGUCCCAGAACACCCAUGGCAAGUGGUUAGCCUGGAUUUCAUCACCGGAUUACCAACAACCACAAGCGGUCAUGACGCAAUCCUCGUCCUUAUCGACAAAUUCUCCGAAAUGGGACACUUCAUCCCAACACACACGACAGCACGCAACGAAGAGACAGCAUAAUUAUUCAUUCGCUACAUCAUCUCACAACAUGGCAUUCCAACCACACUCAUCUCCGACCGAGACCCCAAGUUCACCAGCAAUUUCUAGAAGGAACUGAUGUCUCUGCUCAGGACCAAACUCGC